AUCGCUGUACGUACGUACACCCUCGCUCGCUCUGGCGCGGUCGGCUGCCUCCUCUCCUCUCCUCUCCUCUCCUCGUCCGCCUCCACCUCCCUCGCCCGCCCUCCGUCUUGUCACCCGUUGUCACCCGUUGCUGCCUCUGCCGCUGCCGCAGCGUCUCUGCGUGCGUUUGUUUGUGCUGGUGUGCGUGCAGUCAGGGUCCACUGCUGCUGCUGCUGCUGUCGUCGUCGUCGAGGAGGCACACUUCGGCUUCUCAUUCCUGGGAGUGUGAUCGUAGACUCGUUUGCAGUGAUCGCCGGGAGCUGAGCUAGAUAGAGGCCGCAGCACGAGAGCGCGGGGCAAUUAGGCAGUCGGAGUUGGGUGCUGUGGGAGGGAGGGAGAGGGAGAGGGAGACGGGCUGCUGCUUUGUGCGAUGUGUCGUUGUUCCUGCGUUGCUGCCCACAUCUUUGUUGUAGCCGCUUGUGCUUGCACCGCCGCUUUCGAUCGUCGUCAUUCUCAUCGCUACCUGCACCUCCAUCAUCAGCAUCAGCAGACGGCAUGGACGAUCAGGUGAAAGGACCGCAGGUGCCUGUCUACGGAGGAAUUCGUGCUCCUCCUCCUGUGGAUGUGCCGGGUGCGGCCCACCUUGCAUCUCUGUUUCCCGUCGAGCAGAUGGUCACUUCGCUCGCUCCAUUGGGACUGUCGCCCGAGCAGACUGCAGGAGUGAUCAAUUGUAUGAACGAGGCCGGGCGUCGGUGGACCAUGUCGUUCUUGGAAGCCAAAAUUAAGCAACUGCAUUCAGACAUGGGGCAGUUCGUGCAUUCGUGUGUACAGCAGGUGACAGCUGAGGAGAUCCAUAAGUUCGGAGGCUAUGCACGUCAGUGUGUCGAGUAUCUACAGUACAGGUGCAGACAGCUCGAGGAGGCGAAGUGCCUUGCGAAGGAUUCCUCGAUGCAACUCAUGAUGAACCUGAGCGGCCAGAUAAGGACAUUAGAAUUUGAGAAGAAGAGUCUGGAAGAAGAUCUGGAGAUGGCAAGGAGGCGAUUGCUCUCUUCACCAGAACCCCUUAAAAGAGGCUCUUCGAAGAGGAAGGGAGAUCAGUUGUAUGAGCUCCCUCAGAGGCAGACGUCAAGAAAAGUUGUUCCAUCCAAGUCCUGCGGGACCGUGAAGCACCAACGACAGAAAUUAAAUCUAAAAAAUACAGGGAUUCCUAUUUCGAUUCCAGAUUUCCAGUUUCUGAAGCUGCCAUGUGCAGCUGAACAUCUGAAUUUCACCCACGUGGGAAUUACUGAUGUUGACAUGAAAGAUGCCGAUGUAAACGAACAGGAUGCAGAGACUAGUUUACCGUCUGUUGAUGAGGGAAAGACGCUUGAGGAGGAAUCUGCUAAUGAGGCAGUCAAAGGGGCUCAUUCAAGUCGGGCUGGUUUAGCGAACAAGGUGGAAGAUGUCGUUGGUGGAUCGAACAAUGUCGAGCAGCUGGAAUCAAGUGUUAUUCCAGACCCUUCUGAGCAAGGGGAAAAUGAGAAGACGAAAAGCUCUUCAGGUGAGAAGUCAUCUUUGACGGGCGAGAACGAAAAGGCUAAAAGUUCAGAUGAGGAAAAGUCAUCCUUGACGUCCGGUCCUCAUCAUAUUGGAGAGCAGAGUUUGCUCCUAGCGGGCUCACAUCUCGUUGAAGACAGUCAUUCGGGUGCCAACGAUGCGCACGAUGGGGACAUCCAGACUUCUCCUGUCUCCGAAAAGCCCUCGCAUGAGCAGGACCCUCCCAAAAGAUUGAGGAAAACUACGUCAGAUGGGCUCGACAGUUCCUUUUCAACUUCAAAACAGGGCACUGAAGAAGGUGAUCAUGUCCAGUCCGUAUUUUCUGAUGAAGCUGACAAGGCAGACACAACAGCAGCGUUGUCUUUGUGUAAGUUGAUAACCACAGUGGUUGAUUCGGAGCCGGUGAAGGAGUCUGAUGACUGUUGUCCACGCAAGGAUGCUCCUAUCAUGUCACCUACGAAUCAUACCGGCAGCAAUUUCCCACAGGAUAACUCUCAUCAGCAAGAGGCUAAGAAGAAAAAGAAGUCCAGUUGUCGUUCAAAGUGUGAUCCUUCAGGAAGUUCGAGUGGAAUGGAUCAUGGAAUUCAAAGAACACCUGAUCUACUUCAGCCUGGUGCAGCAGCUGCUAACAGUAAUGUACAUGAUCACAAGUCCCUCAUCCAAGGGUCCCUGGUAGCGUCAGGAUUCGACACGUACUCCUCACGCGAUCAGAGACGCGUCGUGCAGGUGGCUCGUCAGCUGUUGUCGUUCAGGAGGUGAGGAUACUUCGGUGAGAUGCCGCCGAGAAUAGACCGAUAUUGAGGCAUCAACAGUUUUGUCGAUAGAUACAUAAUAAGACCAUCAUUCAGAGUAAAAACUUUGGCUGAUCAAGUUGUUUCCUUCACGACCAACUUAGGCAUAAGAUCCAUAAUUCCCUUUCACAUACUUCAUUCAGCGUUCAGAUUUCGGUUUGAUCCAUGUCCUCACCUUUUUUUAGAAGCCCGUAGUAUUCUCGGACAUCCACAUCAGUUCUUCAUUCCGCCGUUUAUACUUGUAGAUUUUGUUAAAAGGGCGCUGAGUACCCUUCUGAUGUGAAUAUUGGUAUCCAUAGCAGAAGUUUCCUCAACUAGCAUGUCAACAAAUCUAUCCUGUCUGUACAUAGUCGAUCAUUUCAGCUUAUAUGCUUAAGAUUGAAGAUUUUCAAGGACCUGCGCAUAUGUCCUGGAGCUGAAGACCAUUUCCCUUGCAGUACGCUACCCAGAUGAAACAGCAUAGAGUGAAUUACAGUCCGCUUAGUAUAGAACUGUGCUGCUUUGGAAGAUGACCAGUUUUAGUACCUACCCUUACAUCUCUAAUGAUGCAAUUUUACAGUGCAUACGAAUGUAACAUGUGGGUCCAAGGGAGUUCAUCUUCCCGUUUUAUCAAUUAGAUCAACUUACUGCUGAACCAUGGUUUGCCUCGAUUCAUACAUGUGUAUCUUCUGUGCUUUCAAUAUUCAGGUAAAGGCGAACCGUUCUCAGAAAUCGUUGCUGUUCUCAAAAGUUAGAAGUACAACAUCAUGCAGGCUGGAGCAGUAUUGAAAGGAUUUUAGGAGUUGUGAGUCGAUGCAAUUACAGCUUUAUGAAAGAACAUAUACAGGGAGGGAGAUCACGAAUCAGACCUCUCCCUUGCCAUGCUGGACCUUGACCAGCAUUCAUCCAGCACUAAUAAUCUGCAGGCUUGUGUUCAUGUGCAUAUGUAGGCC